ACAGGAGCAGAGUAAAACCUCUAGAGCGUACGAGGAACGAUCACCAUGCUCCCCCCCAGGGCUGCUGCAGGAACAGACAGGAGAGAGGAAGAGCCACUCGACUGUUCACAGAGCUGAGGAGAGGCACAUGACUCUGCUCUCAAAAGGGAUAAACAUUUCAGUCUGACAAAGACAACUGGAAAAGACUGACAACUUCACCUAAAUGAGGACUCUUUGACGUGCAGGACAGAAAACUGAUGUAAAGGACUUUGGAUACUGAAAACAGGUAUUUUGUGGAGUUGUAUUCUUACCCCUUUCAGCAUUUCAGAACAUUAAAUGACACAAACUGAGGAUUAUUCCAUAUUUGAGGACGGAUUUUUCUGACCCAAACAAACAAUUUAGCAAAUAUUUCCUGCUGGUUGCAAUUGGUUGGAUUAACAAGUUGGAUUUGUACGAGGGACCUAAGAAGCAAAAGGAGGAGACCUUUUUCACCCUGUAAAGGUUCAUAACUUUUCAGCCUGGUCUAAAAAUGCAUAACAGCGCCUUUCAAACUUAUAACAACAGUCCAGCAAAUCAAAAUAACAUGAACUGCAGCAAGAGUGAUGAGUUCAAGUACCCUCUGUAUAGCGUGGUUUUCAGCCUGGUGUUUUUGGUUGGACUUAUCUUCAACAUGGUGGCUGUAUACAUUUUUGCCUGUACGCUGAAGCUGCGGAAUGAGACCACGACAUACAUGAUAAACCUCAUUGUUUCGGACUCUCUCUUCGUCCUCAGCCUGCCUUUUCGGAUUGCUUACUUUAUAAAUAAAGAGUGGCUUUUUGGGAGUGUGCUGUGCAAGAUCUCCGUGGCCCUGUUCUACACCAACAUGUACGGCAGCAUCCUCUUCCUCACCUGCAUCAGCGUUGACCGCUUCCUGGCGAUUGUGCACCCCUUCCGAUCCCAAACUAUUCGAACUAAGCGGAACGCCAAACUGGCCUGCUGUGCGGUGUGGGUGAUGGUUCUCUCUGGAAGUAUACCCACUGGGUUCCUUUUGGACACUACUUCACAGAAAAAUGUCGACUCCUCCAAGUACUUCUGUUUUGAAAACUACUCCAGAAGUCAGUGGAAGGCUGAGCUGUCCAAGGUGGUGGUGUUCAUCGAGACUGUGGGCUUCAUCAUCCCACUGAUGGUCAACGUCUUCUGCUCUGUCAUGGUGCUACGGACACUGAAGAGACCCCAAACCAUCAGCCGCGGAGGGAACCUCAACAAGGCAAAAAUCUUGAGGAUGAUCAUUGUUCAUCUGCUCAUCUUCUGCUUCUGUUUCAUUCCCUACAACGUUAACCUCAUGUUCUACGCCAUGGUCCGCUCCAACGUCCUGAAGGGAUGCAACACGGAAUAUGUGGUCAGAACCAUCUACCCCAUUGCUCUGUGCAUAGCAGUUACCAACUGCUGUUUCGACCCGGUCAUAUACUACUUCACUUCGGAGACCAUUCAGAGCUCCAUCAAACGCAAGUCCACAAUGUGGCAUAAUGGGGCCAAGCUAUUCGACAGACUAAAUCAAGACAGCUCGCAAAGCAGUCCAAAUUCAACACCCAGAAAUAAGACUCUUAGGACUCUGCAGGCCAAAGUAUUUGACAGUGAGUCAACAGUCUAAUGACAACUCUUUCAUGUAACGAGAUUAAGAAUUCAGAGAGUAUUGCUCAAAACUGGAUAUGAAUGGGAGGACACAGGUGGAAGCAGAAUGGACUUGACUUGAUGAUAACAACCCAUAAACACACUGGUUACUAUGGAGUCACUCGCUCCUUUACUGGACAAGAAAGAGACUUUAGACUGGGAGUGAUCGCUAUUCAGUCAAUAAAAGAAAAGACAAGUCAUUUCAAUUAAUAAAGUGUGUUGCAGCAUGAAUGCUGAGGGCAACAAUUCACAACACAUCAGUUGAAAAACUCUGUUAGGAAAUAAGUUUAUAAUGUGUUUUAUUGGAAAUGUCUUAAGCCAUAGCUAUGCACGGUGCUGAAGUUGUAGUCAUUUUCCUCAGAGCAGAUUCUCCUUGAAGAAAAUUCUGCUUUGACAAUGCUGAACCAGUAUUACAGCUGUUAUUAUGUGCAGCAGUUGUGGCCUCACUAAUGCUUUUAAGCACUUUAUAGAGCAGCUUGUUCUAUAACAGCUUUUACCCCUUAUACUGAACGUGAAUAAAGGAGUGAUUAA